UUAAAUGGUUGCAGUUUACUUGUCCUUUUUUGUAGGUUAGUUUAUACAAAGCGCAACCAUUAAAAUCUCAAAACUUUACGGAUAAUUCCUGACAAAAACUUUCUAAAAUAACACUAAUGUCGACAGAAGACUUCUAUCUACGUUACUACGUAGGUCACAAAGGUAAAUUUGGCCAUGAGUUUUUGGAAUUCGAGUUUCGUCCCGAUGGUAAACUACGCUACGCAAACAACUCCAAUUAUAAAAAUGAUACCAUGAUCCGCAAAGAAGCUUUUGUGCACCAGUCAGUAAUGGAAGAACUUAAACGAAUCAUAUUAGACUCCGAAAUUAUGGCGGAAGAUGAUACACCAUGGCCCCCACCAGACAGGGUUGGAAGACAAGAGCUCGAAAUUGUUAUUGGUGACGAACACAUUUCAUUCACUACUUCAAAAACGGGAUCUUUGGUGGAUGUUAACAGAUCUAAAGAUCCAGAAGGUUUGAGGUGUUUUUAUUACCUCGUUCAGGAUCUGAAGUGUCUAGUAUUUUCACUCAUUGGACUGCAUUUUAAGAUUAAACCCAUAUAAAAAGAUUUUGUUAUCUUUCGAACAUAAUAUUUAUAGUUCAUAUUUUCAAUAAAAUAUAGCUUUUCACGUAAA